AUGGUGGAUUUUAGUACUCAAACUGUUUCAAAUAGUGAACAUAGUGCACGAGAUUUAUCAGCAUUAGCAAAUGAUGCAUUUCUUGCUACAUUAAUAAAUAGAACACAAAUGAAACAUAAAGAUCUUCAUUCACAAUAUAGAGAUAUUAUUGAUUUUGAUCCAGCUAUUAUAUCAAUUGGUCGAUCUGUUAACAGCCAACAUUCAAUAGAUAAUCAUAAUUAUUGUGAUUUUUUCAAUGAGAAAUAUAAUGAUAGAUCUUCAAAAUCGAGUUAUCGAUAUCGAACUUGUUCCAAUAAUCAACAACAAAUAAAUAUUGUUGAUCAAUUGAUUAAUCAACCACAUAUUCCAUAUGCUUUAUUACCAAAACAUUUCAAGUCAAAACAGAUCUCAAAUGAUCGUACUCAACAUCCUCAACGGGAAGACGAUUUAAGAGAAAAUAAUCUAUGGCACAAAUCAAUGAUUCAUCGGCAUCAUGUGCCGACUAAUUGUUACUGUAUGCGAUAUAUUAAACAUAAUUAUAAUUUAUAUCCCUAUCGAUCAUCUCAAAAGUGUUCUCAUAUUUCAUUGAAUAUCUUGUCAUCUUAUAAUAACAAUCAAUGGCAAGAUCCUUAUGUAUAUUCAGAUCAAUCUUUAUUUUCGUCACAACAACGCGAUAGAUUUCGACGGUAUGAUAAUGGUUGUAUUCAUGAUGAUCAUCGGAUAAAGACUUCCAUACGGCAAACACGUAAUGAUGGCGGAGAAAAACAAAAAAAAAUCAAUGAUAUUAAUUACUGA